UUUUGAAUCUAGGGUUUCAGACUAAACCCUUUUCUUUUUAUAUUUUUUUCCAUUUUUUAGGGGAAAUCAGAUGGGAUAAACACACAAAAAUCAAGAACACGUUUGAAUCCCAUCUUCCUUCUCAUCAAAACCCUCUUUCCAUAUCUGUAAUUCUUGAAUAUCUUCCAUUAAUUCAUGCAUAUUUCACUCUGGAAACCCAUCAUUUCACACUGUUCUUUUUUAGAUAAAAAGAACAGAAGGAAAAAUGGGUCAGAAAUCAACAAAAACCCAUCGAUUCUUCGAAAACUGGAAGAAAAUAACCUCAGAGAAGCGUUAGAACAAGCAUCUGAAGAUGGGUGUUUGAUUAAAUCACAAAACAUCGAUUCUUCAGACGCCAUUGAUAUCCAAGAUCAGAGCUUGGGAAGAUCGAGAUCAUUAGCAAGACUUCAAGCUCAAAAGGAGUUCUUGAAAGCAACUUCAAUGGCUGCUGAUAGAACAUUUGAAGGUGAAGACUCCAUUCCUGAAUUCAAUGAAGCUUUCUUGAAGUUCUUAAUGAUGUACCCAAAAUACAAAUCAUCUGAAAAGAUUGAUCAAUUGAGGGUAGAUGAGUAUUCACAUUUGGCUGAAACUGUAUCAAAGGUAUGUCUUGAUUACUGUGGAUUUGGGUUGUUUUCAUUUCUUCAAACUGUUAAUUAUUGGGAAUCAUCAACGAUUGGGUUAUCUGAAAUCACUGCUCAUUUGAGUAAUCAUGCUCUUUAUGGUGGUGGAGAGAUCGGAACCGUCGAACACGAUAUCAAGAUUCGAAUUAUGGAUUACUUAAACAUCCCCGAGAGCGAAUACGGGUUAGUUUUUACGGUUAGUAGAGGUUCGGCUUUCAAACUUUUAGCCGAAUCGUACCCGUUUAGUAAGAAUAAGAAGCUGUUAACGAUGUUCGAUCACGAGAGCCAAUCGGUGAACUGGAUGGCUCAAAGUGCGAAAGAGAAGGGUGCGAAGGUUCACAGCGCGUGGUUCAAAUGGCCUACGCUUCAACCGUGUUCGCCCCAUUUGAGAAAACUGAUUUUAACCAAGAAAAAGAGGAAGAAAGAUUCGGCCACGGGUCUUUUCGUGUUUCCGGUUCAAUCGAGAGUCACGGGUUCGAAAUAUUCAUAUCAGUGGAUGGCAAUGGCUCAACAAAACAAUUGGCAUGUGUUACUUGAUGCAGGUGCAUUGGGUCCAAAAGAUAUGGAUUCUCUUGGGUUAUCUUUAUUUAGGCCCGAUUUCAUUAUCACUUCAUUUUAUAGAGUUUUUGGGUUCGAUCCGACUGGAUUCGGGUGUCUUCUUAUCAAGAAAUCUGUAAUCGGGAGCCUUCAUAACCAAUCGGGUCAUGCUGGUUCCGGAAUCGUGAAGAUCAGUCCGGUUUUUCCUCUGUUUUUAGGCGAUUCUGUUGACGGAAUCCCGGCAUUAUCUGGGAUUGAAGAUGGUGAAGUUGGUGGAAAUGGCGACGUGAUAUCUGAACGUCGGGCCGGAGGUCAAUUACCGGCCUUUUCUGGUGCUUUUACUCCUUCGGAGGUGCGCGAUGUCUUUGAAACCGAAAUGGAUCAUGGUAACUCCUCAGAUAAAGAUGGAUCGAGCUCCAUUUUUGAAGAAACAAACAGUUUUUCGAUCGAGGUUAUGAAAAGUCCGGUUUUUAGCGAAGACGAAUCAUCUGAGAAUUCGGUUUGGAUUAAUUUGGGGCAGAGUCCCUUUGAAUCACGGUCUUUAUCACCCGUUAACAAGAAAAGCAACCAGAAAGAGACGGAUCUCGAGCCCCAUUUGAGCAAAGUUUUAUCUUUCGAUGCCGCUGUUAACAAAUUCAAGAUUCUGGAUAAAUUCGAAGGAGAGAUUCAAGAAAAUAAGCGGGAUGUAAACGGUCCCGAGAUUCAGGAGGAAUCCGAAGAAAAGAAACGAAAUGGGAGCUCUGUUAUACGAAGAGAAACAGAAGGUGAGUUCAGAUUGCUCGGAAGAAGGGAAGGCAGCAAAAGGGUAUCGUUCGGUUUGGAAGAAAAUGACGAUUUUACCUUUCGCCAUCCUCUGGAACAGUUGGAAGAUGAUGAUUACGAAGGGUUAGAAUCGGAAAGAAGAGAACCCGAGAUAUCGUGCAGGCAUCUUGAUCAUGUAAACCUCUCGGGUCUCAACAAAACCACCCUCCGGCUACGUUUCUUGAUCAAUUGGCUCGUGACUUCGUUACUUCAACUUCGAUUACCUGGCUCAAAUGGUUCAAUCCCGCUCGUUCACAUUUACGGUCCGAAAAUAAAGUACGAAAGGGGUGCAUCUGUCGCAUUCAACGUACGAAACCGAAGCCGGGGUCUAUUCAGUCCCGAAAUCGUUCAGAAAUUGGCCGAAGCAAACGGGAUUUCACUCGGUGUCGGGAUUCUUAGUCACGUAAGGAUUGUAGAAAGCAUGAAACAGAACCGUGGGCCCAUGGAUCUCGCCGACACAACGCUAUGCCGACCGAUGGACGGCGAAAAAGAUGAUGGCGGUGGGUUCAUUAGGGCCGAGGUUGUGACCGCUUCACUUGGGUUCUUGACCAACUUUGAGGAUGUGUAUAAAUUGUGGGUUUUCGUGGCGAAAUUCCUGAAUCCAUCUUUUAUCAGAGAGUAUGGACUUUCAACCGUGGUUGAAGACGAAAACGAAGAACAACGAGGGUAAGAACGAAAGAUUUGUGCAUAGAAAACGACCGUUUUGGGCACUAGUGGGAGCGUAUUUAGAUCGGGAUCGGGAUCGGAAUCGAGUGAAAGUGUUUGUAUGUUAUGAACUUAAACUUGUGAUUUAUAGAAGUUAUGGUUUAUUUAGGAGUUAGAUUGAAAGGUUUGUUGAUGGAAUUGAAACACCCCUUCAUUUACUUUGUAUUUGUAUAAUACUUUUGUUUGCUUUAAAGAAAUG